AUGACCCUAUCUUCAAAUAACCAAUGGCUGAGCUCCACAGUGGUUCUUGGAGAGAGUCUUUUAAUCAAGGCCAACUUUAAUGCUACAUCUGCAUUCAGGUAUACUCUUUUUGCUGCUGGGAACUGCCUCAACUUCAUGUCAUUUGCUUAUGCUGCACAGUCACUACUUGCAGCUCUUGGAUCAAUCCAGUUUGUGUCCAACAUUGCUUUUGCCUACUUUGUGUUGAACAAGACUAUUUCAGUGAAAGUCAUGGUAGCUACAACAUUUAUCGUCUUUGGCAACAUCUUCUUAGUAUCCUUCGGCAACCAUCAAUCACCUGUUUACACGCCGGAGCAGCUGAUCGCAAAAUACAGCAAUUUGGUGUUUGUUCUUUAUUGCAUGUCAUUGGUCUUUGUUGUUGCAUUUAACCAUUAUCUCUACAGGAGUGGAGAAACUAUUAUUUCAAAUAGUUCAAAAGAUGUUGGCACAUAUUGGCGAACAAUGUUGCCAUUUUCUUACGCUGUUGUAUCUGGUGCUAUUGGAUCUUGCUCAGUCUUGUUUGCAAAGUCAUUGUCUAACAUGCUGAGGCUGACUAUGAGCAGCAGAUACGAGUUCCAUAACUGGUUCACAUACUCAAUUGUUCUUCUGUUUCUGUGUACUGCUGGAUUUUGGAUGGCAAGAUUGAAUGAAGGGCUGUCAUUAUUUGAUGCAAUACUGAUUGUUCCAAUGUUUCAAAUUGCUUGGACCUUCUUCUCUAUUUGUACAGGAUUUGUUUACUUUCAAGAAUAUCAAGUAUUUGAUACGCUCAGGAUAAUUAUGUUUGUAUUGGGCAUGACAUUUGUCUUCGUUGGGAUCUCCUUGCUAGCACCCGAUGACAGUAAAGCUGAUACGAAAGAUGGUUCGAGCACCGCCGAGGACUCCAUAAUUGAUAUGGACAGAAAUGGAAAGAUGCAGAUGGAGGAGACAGACACAGAUGAUAGCAACUCGUUUGUUACUUCUGUAAAAGUAAAAGCAAAACGUGUACUGUUGAAGGCAAAGUCUGCAUGCUCCAUGUCCCUUGGCCUUGGGGAGGACACCAUAAGCGCUUCAUCGGUGCUUACCAUGCCUAUGGUCUCAUCAAGAACAACUGGCUUCAGAGGGAUCGGAAAUGGCCGUUCAAAUCAGCAGGCUGAAAUGGAGCGCCCGCGCCGGCGGCCGGAGCCAGCGGCGAUCGAUAUCAGCUGGGUGUCGUGCCGCGGCGUCAGGUCGUCGCUCCCGUUCCACACGCCGUGCCUCUACGCGUCCGUCUCCGUCACCCCGUCGUCCGCCAAGAACGGGCACGCCAACCGCCGUCCCCACCGCGUGAAGACGCCCACCGACCGUGCCGGCGGCGAGAACCCCGAGUGGGACGCGCCCCUGCGGCUCUACCUCCCCGAGCCCGAGGCCUCGCCACCGCCGGCGAAGCUGGAACUGCAAGCGGGCAAGAACAGGAAGGACAGAGGCGACGAGGACGUCCUCCUAGUGCGGUUCGAGCUCAAGGCGGAGGUGGCCGUGCUCGGGGACGUGCUCGCCGCGUCCGCCGCGGUGCCGGUCCCCGACCUCUUCGCCGACGGGCGGACGCGCCGCGUGUCCUACCAGCUGGCGGGCCCCGACGGCAGGCAGCCCAAUGGCGUCAUCUCCUUCUCCUACACCUUCCACCAACGGAACGACGACCACCACCAGAGCGGCGACGCCGAGCUCGUCGUCGCGUCCCCCUGCCCCACCCCCGCGGUGUCCAGUCCCGUCGCGCAGCCACCGCCCACGACCACGGCGCCGGGGCUGUACCCGGUGAUAGAGUGGCCGCUGACGGAGGAGAUACCAAUUUACCAUACACCGCUACCAGCUGGGCCUGUGGCGGUCACGCUCGUGAACUCGCGGUACUACCCUCCUCCUCCACUGUCCGCGACUCCAGUGGAGGUAGUGGAGCCGGUUGCGGUGUACCCGCCGGCGCCGGAGACGUCGUCCUGCAGUUUGUACCCGUCGGUACUGCCGGACAGCGCGAUGUACCCACCGGCAGACCUUGCUCCAGUGAGCUGCUAUCCGCCAGCGUCGCCGACACCAUACGGUGUGGAGCGCGGGUAUGGUGCAGCGCCAAGAUGGGAUCAUCGGUGUUUGUACGGCUGA